UUAGCAGCCAAGGGGGAGGUGCUUUGGGCAGGUCACGUGAUUGGUGGCGGAGCGCGGUUCAGUCAGACUGAGGUGAGAGAAAGACCGAGACCGGAACCGGAAACCGAAAAAUACUGCCGAAGAACGGAUCCUUCAUUUGGAGUAAAGCAGCAGAAACCGAAAAGGCAUUAGUGGAGCCGACGUGGGUACGAUUCGGCUGGUAGCAGCACCCCGUAUGUUGAUAUGAGCUCCCAGCAAUUCCCCCGCCAAGGGGCUUCAAUGCCCCAGUCCCAGGUGCCAGGCGGUGGAAAUGCCAUGGGCCAAAAUACCCCAGGAGCAGGAGGGGACGAUUCCGCUCGAGAAGUGGAGGUCCAGCCCCGGGACCCCAUUAGUUCCGGCGCAGUCCUCCCGGCCCGCGACGAGAAGCAGGAACCGGUGGUGGUUAGGCCUUAUCCCCAAGUCCAGAUGUUGACUUCACAUCACCCUGUUCAGUCUGCCACCCCCCUCGCGAUGACGGCUCAAUCUCCUCACCUCACCCCCGCUGUUCCACUGUCCUUCCCCGAAGGUAUCCUGAAGAAGUUCACUAUUGAUGUCUUCCCACAGCCACCUCUGAAGCCCACUAUUCCCAGCCGCCCUAUUGCUCCAGCACCUCCUUCUGCCCUGUCAGCUGUACCAAAGGUCUCUGGGCCGGUGACAGUCACCAUGGAAAGUGGUCUUCCACAGGCUUCAGCUAUCCCUGUGGCCACUAUCAGUGGGCAGCAGGGCCAUCCCAACAGCCUUCAUCAUAUCAUGGCUACGAACGUCCAGAUGUCCAUUAUCCGCAGUAAUGCUCCGGGACCUCCCUUGCACAUAGGGGCCUCUCAUCUUCCCAGAGGAGCUGCUGCGGCUGCGGUAAUAUCCAGUUCUAAGGUGACGACUGUCCUAAGGCCUGCCUCUGCUCCGAUUCCCAGUGCUGCCCAGUCAGCAGCUCAACACAUUAUUCAUCCUCCUAUCCAGUCUCGCCCUCCGGUGACUACUGCAACAUCCGUGUCACCCGCUGUAGUAGCCACUGUGUCAGCUACACGAGCCCAGUCCCCGGUCAUCACCACUGCUCCAGCUCACGCCGCAGAGCCGGUGUUAAGACCAACCCUGUCCAUCCAGCAACACCCUCCUCCUGCUACCAUCAGCAUCCAGAGACCGGCUCAGGCCCGUGAUGCUACCACCCGCAUCACACUUCCAUCACACCCUGCUUUGGGAGCGCAAAAGCAACAACUGCAUGCGAUGACACAGAAGACUCUCUUUGGUGCUGGUAACCCAGUAGCAGCAGCAACGGUGGCUCCGAUUCUGGCAACAAACACUCUGCCUGCGGUGACUACAUCAGGUUCUUCUUCUCAUGCACAAGUUCCCACCAGCACCAUUGUCACGAUGACCAUGCCUACUCAUUCCUCACACGCCACGGCUGUCACAGCAUCCAGCAUUCCUGUGGCCAAAGUAGUCCCGCAACAAAUUACUCACACUUCCCCUCGGAUUCAGUCAGAAUAUGGAGCUGAACGGGGCAAUCUAAUACCCAUCCCAGGUCAUAGAGCCUCUCCCAACCCCAUGACUAUGGAGGCCAGGAGUGAAAACAGGCAGCCGGUUCCUGUGCAGCUGCAGUAUUUCCUACCCACGUAUCCUCCUUCUGCAUAUCCAUUGACGGCACAUACUUACACGCCAAUAACCAGUUCGGUGUCUACCAUACGGCCGUACCCAGGUUCUGCUCAAGCCCCAAAUUCAGCCAUCACAGCUCAGUCCGUUGCUUCUACCGUCCACCUGAAUCCGAUGCAGCUGAUAAACGUGGAUGCUUCGCACACGCGUCACAUCCAGGGGAUACAGCCCGCUCCCGUCAGCGCACAGGGCAUGCAGCCCAGUUCAUUCAGCGCACAGGGGAUGCAGGCAACAUCAAUGAGCGCCCAGGGGAUUCAGCCUCCUUCAAUGAACACGCAGGGGAUUCAGCCUCCUCCAAUGAGCACGCAGGGAAUCCACCCUGCCGCAUCAAUAACCAGCCAGGGUGUUCAGACCUCAUCUGUUGGCUCGCAGCAAGCUCAGAAUGAAGGAAAGGCUUCAGACACAGCUCAGGAGCCAAUGGAUAGUGAGAGAAGACAGCAAGCCACUCUCCUACGUAGAAAAAUGGCUCUUGCUGAUGGUGCUACAAUAGUUGCCAAUCCCCUAAGCAGUGCUUUCAGCACGGCAGCUGCCGGUGCUACGGUGAUGCAGACCCAAAGUCAAAGUCCAGGAAUGGGCAGUGCGCCGGCACAGGGCUCGUCCCCUCGUCCUAGCAUCUUGCGCAAGAAGCCUGCCACCGAUGGACUAUCUGUAAGAAAAAGCCUUAUUCCUGCACACUCUUCAGAUGCUGUAAGUCCACGUCAGGACACGUCGCUACGCAGCACGACUGCUUCACCUCGGCCUGCUGGCACUAAACCCAAAGCUGAACUUCAUGUGUCUGUGGUUCCGGGAGUGACGGGGGAUCCUGGCACAGGCGGCGAGCAGCCAAGCGCAGCUGCAUCUCUCCCGUCUUCUCAUCACCCUGCGGCUGCCGUGCCCAGUCCUCCUUCUCAGCCUGUGCUGGGACCCCUGCCGGGCAAUAUUCAUGGACCUCCUGCUGCUGUUCCUGCCUUAUCUGCUCCUCCGCCUCUUCUGAGUAGUGCACCCUCUGGAGCAGCCAUCCCUGAGGCCAAAGUGAAAGAAGAGGUGGAACCAAUGGAUAUAGCAAGGCCUGUUUCAGCAGUGCCUCCGCUGCCAUCCAGCGCCAUCGCCUCUCCCCUGUCCUUACUGGCAAACAAUGUUUCUGUGCCUAUUGGAGAAUUGCCUCCGGGAGCCUCCCCUCGCAAGAAACCUCGUAAGCAACAGCACGUUAUUUCCACGGAGGAAGGUGAUAUGAUGGAGACCAACAGCACGGAUGAGGAGAAGUGUCAUUCUAUGAAGCCUCUAACAUCCCGGCCUGAGAAACGCAAAUCGCCUCCAAAAGAGUAUAUAGAUGAGGAGGGAGUGAGAUAUGUUCCGGUCAGGCCAAGGCCUCCCAUCACACUCCUGCGCCAUUAUCGCAACCCCUGGAAAGCCGCUUACCAUCAUUUCCAGCGUUACAGCGACGUGCGGGUGAAGGAAGAGAAGAAGUUGACGUUGCCGGACUUGGCCAGUCAGAAAGGGAUUUCGUGCCGUGUGCAAGGCUGGAAGACUCAUCUCUGCGCGGCUCAGCUGCUUCAACUGACUAAAUUGGAGCAGGAUGUUUUUGAUCGGUUAACUGUGUUGCAAGAUGGACUCAUACCCAAAAAGAAAACUGCUACAGAUGAUGACUUACACAGAAUCAACGAGCUUAUUCAGGGCAACAUGCAGAGAUGCAAACUAGUGAUGGAUCAGAUCACAGAGUCCCGGGACUGCAUGCUUAAAGUACUUGAGCACAAGGAUCGUGUUCUCAAGCUGCUCAAUAAGAGUGGAGCAUCUCGCAGGCUUUCAAAAGUGAAACACAAGGACAAAGUGUAAUUAAGGACUUCUUUCCAUUUCCCCGAGACAGUCUGCAUUCCUGCAUCUGUUCAGCAAAAUACCUUUAGUAUCCAUAGCAGAUUUGCAUAUAUAUAUAUACUUUUUAUUAUAAUUUCCUGGACAUUUAUUUACUCUAUUUCCAGCCGAUACCAGGACAUUUGGCCUGCUAAUGGUGUCCCAGAUGGGGAUUCAGCAUCCCCCUCCUGCAAAGAUGGCUGUGUGGAGUUUGAUUUUGUUUCCAGGUGCUGCCUGUGAGCACUGUGUUCUCUGUGGCACACACAUGCUUGUGUAUAGUGUUCUUCACCCCUCCAUGAUAACACAUCAUGUAAAAGUAAUUUAAUAUUUCCUACCUGUAUGUAUUCAUAUUCUGUAUUAUUGUUUUUAGGUACCUCUCUCCCAGAAUUAAAGCAGUCAAGUCCUUUCCUGUUAA